CUGUCCACGCGCUCAGUCAGGGAGGAGCGCUGCCUCCACUACGUCGGCGCUGCCCGGAGUUCACCGCUCACCUACAUCACUCCUCCACGAAACUCCACGCGUGCGACGUGAUUCUCAUCUUUUGGUGUAAGCGACACAGAAGCCCCUGGCCCACUAUGGCAGAUGAUGACUUCUCCACCGCAGAUGCUGGCGCCUCAGCUACAUUCCCCAUUCAGUGCUCUGCACUGAGGAAGAAUGGCUUUGUUAUGCUGAAAGGACGUCCCUGUAAGAUAGUUGAGAUGUCUACCUCCAAGACUGGAAAGCAUGGGCAUGCCAAGGUGCAUCUUACUGGAAUCGACAUUUUUACUGCGAAGAAGUAUGAAGAUAUCUGCCCCUCCACACAUAACAUGGAUGUCCCAAAUGUGAUAAGAAAGGACUAUCAGGUACUUGAUAUCAUAGAUGGCUUCCUGACACUGAUGGAAGACAACGGAGAGACCAGAGAGGAUCUCAGGCUGCCAGACGGUGACAUGGGCAAAGAAAUUGUGAAAAAACUAGAGAGCGGAGACCAGUUUCUGGUGACUGUGUGGAGAGCUGUGGCUGACGAAUCUGUAGUUGGCAUUAAGAACAUGACUCCUAUUUAGACCAUGGCAACAGUGGAGACCUCAGAUUCCUAUCGCCCUCUGUGGUUUUAAAGCUUCAUCAAAGCUACUGGCCUUCACCACUCAUCUCAAUCGGUGUCCCACUUCGAUCCUCCCCUCCCCUGCUGUAAGCUGAAAUUCUAGAAACUGGACUCAGACAGCUUCAGCUGCACUUCACACUCAGACCAAAUUGUCCAUUCAUUGCUUUCAUAGCACCACUGUGUAGCACAUGCCAGGUACUAUAGGAGGAGUCUUUGGCCAUGUUCCGCAAAAUCAUAUCAUUCCUACUCGGGUGUGUUGUUCGCACGCCAGCUAGCUAACUUCAGUUUCAAUUAAAAAAAAAAAAAAAUCUUAUUAGCUGUAUUGCAGCUCCCCUCUGAUGAAAAUCUGUCUCUGUUUUCACUUUGCAUUCACACAGCUCACUCUUUAGCAUCUGUGGGUUUUUAUGUAGAUCACAGAGUUUCUUUCUUUUUCUCCACUCGCACUGCAGAUCUGCAGUCAAGUUUUCUACUGCAUGUAGCCCGGUCCCAAGGUCAGUGCUUUCCAGCUGACAACUGUGCUGUCUCAGCAGCCCAAACAGGCUGGAGCAGACAGAGGUAGUCAGGGUGAGGCAGUUUUCUUCCUCUAUGCUAUGAAACUUAAUGUUUUUUGUUGGGUUUUUUUUUUCACUUGAGGCCUUCAUAAGUUGGCAAAUGUAUAGAAAUUAUUUUGAAGAAAAAAAAAAAAGAAACAUAACAAAUCGUUAUUAAAUGUACAUAUAAAUGUUAGCAAAUCUUACCUAAAGCAAACUGCAUCUGCAGAAGAUAAGAUCGGAAUGUGUAGCAAAAAAAAAGGAGGAAAUGACGUUUUUACAUUUGCAUGUUGCAUCCAUAGUUAAGGGGAAGCGAAGGAAUAUAUUGUCGCUGCUUGGCGACUUGUGGGAGAGCUGUAGGAAACACUUUAGAGAGUUUGUGUGCAGAGUUUGCACUCUAAUAUAUGACUGCACAGAGACUCCUGGACUUGUAUAAAAAAUAAUGCUAGUCUUUUUUUUUUUUCUUCAUUUAAUUUACCUACACUGUUAAGGGUGACGGUAGAUAAACGCAGGACAUUUGAGUCUCCUGCUGAACAGUGCUUUGGAGAUAUUUUAAACUUUUUCACAUUACAACCUCAAGGUUCAGUGUUUUUUGUUUUUUUUUUGUUGUUUUUUGGAAUGGACCAAUACAGAGUGGUGUGUGGUUAAAAUCUGAAGAGAACAAGGGCAACUUAAAAAGUCACACCAUUAAGAUUUUCUUUGUAGAGAAUACAUAAUUUGUGUCGGUCUGUCACAUAAAACCACAAUAAAAUGAAAUGUUGAGGGUUGUAGUUGUAAUUGGACAAAAUCUUCAAAGAGUACGUCGACUUUUGUGAGGUGCUGGAUCCAUUUGGGUGCAAGAGAACCUGCUUUUCCAUGCAUGUAUGUUUACCCUGCCUCCUGAUGAAAACCCAAAUUAAAAAUAUCUUCUAAUUGUGUUAAUAAUAUCUUGGAAGCAGUGUAGCCUAAGGAUUAUAUUUAGUUGUGGUUUAGAGUUCUCUGACAGAAGCAUAAAAUGUUUUGAGGAGUUUGCAUGUGUUCAGAAGAGACAAAUUGCUGCCAGUGAGAUGUGGGAAUGACGCAUUUAGAUUUGGAGGAAGUUCUUCUGCUGCACGAGAAGGAAUAAAAGCAAUACUUUAAGGUACUUUUAAAGUUUUCCACCAUAAUGCUGUUUUUAAAUCCUCUUAAAAGUUUUAAAGUAACUGGUUUCCGUAGCAGAAUCUCUCAAUCCUUAAGAAUGGGUGAGGAAAAUGUUUACAUGAUGCUUAAUGACAUCAGGUCACUGCUCAAAAGUUAAUCAUAAAUAGAUUUUUUUUUUUUUUAAUUUGUGUAAAGAUGCAGAUUGUAAUGGGGCAUUUGAAGGUUUUCUGUUCAGUUUUUGUACAACAGCAGCCGGUCUGUUACUUUUGCCUGGGCUUCAGGUGUCCUAAAGUAUUUGAUUUUUAGUUUAGUUUUUUUAAAAUUAUUAUUCCACCAAAACACCAAAAUAGUUUGCUAUAUUUUUUUUAUUUGUGAUCAUUCUAGUUUAUUUGCUUUAUUUACAUAACAUUCUAGAAAGGAAUUUGUAGCUUAAAAAGUAGCUUUUAAUUCGAAGCACCAGUUUGAUAUUUGUAAAUAAAUCUGAGAAAGUAUGUCUAUGAGCCCUCAUUCUGAACUUUGCAAAAUGAAUAACACAUGUUAAUUAAGCACUCUCUAGCACUUUGCCGUGUCCGAUUUUAUUUUAAGUAUUUAUUUUGUGUGUACAUGUGCCUGUGCAAAAAUUAAGUUUUGCCUCUUUAAAAAUGUAUUACAAAUUCCUAAUAUCGAAGUAACUUCUAUUCUCAUGGCAUCUAAAGAGGAGGUGUCUUUUUCAACACAUUAGUGCUCAUCUGUGUAUGUGUAAGAAAGUAGAUUUUUGUUUGUUGUAUUUCUUUCAUUUAGUCUCUUUUGCCAGACGGUUCCAUUAUUCAGCCGUAAGGAGAAGCAUCAAUUUAAGCUGCCUCCAAGUAACUAAAAUGCCAAUCUGGACUUCCAGGAGUUAAGCUAACUUUGUGAAUCAUCUAGAACACGGCAUUAAAUGUUUGUCUUUUAGUUAAUAAAACACAAAGGUGGUGUACAACAUCCUCUUCAAAAAAUUGUGACUAUUAUUUGUUUAAGCAUUUUUUAACAACCAAGACUGGAGACGCAGGCUUCUGACCACAGAUCCAUGAGUUGUCGCUCCUUCUCACUUUUGUUUUAUCCACAUCCAGCGUCGAUGCUGAAUAAAGUACUAAUGGCUAAAGUCCAGUAUUCUGUCUUCAGUCCAAUUCGGUGUGCAUUAUUGGUUAGAAUUGAGGAAAUGUAACUCACUGCCAAGAGGCAUAGUCGACCGUUAGGACACUGUUGACUCGCCACCUCAGAAACAUAACGACCGCAGGUUUCCUUUAACCACCUCUUCACGAAUCAGUUCCUACAGAAAAAACAAAAAGCUCUUUCAGAUCAUUCAUUCAUUCUGAUUAACAGGUUUUGCUAUUCGACUUUAAGGUCCCAACACAGAAUGGAAUGUUUUUUAUUUAAAGCACUAAGCGUGUUAGAAAAGCCGGCAUGAACACCACAACAUAAACACGGCGGUAUUACACGUCUUACGUAUGGCUCAGGGGAAUGCUGUGCGUUGCAAACUAAGGCUUUUGGGUAAAUCACAGAGCAUUCUGUAAAAGGACACAAGACCUGCAAUCCUGACUGAUCGACUUGUAUGAUAUGGAAGAAUAAAGUAAACUAUAAUGGCGGCUUCAUUGUUACGUGUUUAUUGCGAAACUGUGAUCUGAAACGGGCUAAAGAGAUGACCAGAAGGCUUGAGAGUGUUUUCUGAACGUGGCUGUUCACUUUGGUAAAUGGUUUCAUCAUGAUCUCCUCUUAAAGCUGCCUCUGGUUGUUCAGCUUCUUUCCAUGUUUGAGUGCUCAUGAAUUAAAACUAUCAAAUCAUGCACAGCUAUGUUCCAGCUGGGUUUUUGCCUAUGACUCCAUUGUCUGCUGGUUGUAAAGACCCUUGCUUCCUUUAGUCAUGUAGCUAACUAAGUCGACCUUCAAGGUCAAUAGUGUCCAGAACAUGCAUGUUCAAUUUGUGUGAAUGGUGAGAGUUUUUGUUUCAAAUGAUCCUACAGAACAUCAUCUGUAGCUACGACCCACCUCCAAGCUACGAAUCCAGCUUAUUCGUUUGCUAUGUACAUCAACCUUCAGGAGGUUUUGGUUGCUUCAGAAGAUAUGAAAGUCCUGACAUGAAGUGUUUUUGAGACAGAAGCUCUUGGGAUGGUUACCAUGACUGCUUUUGGUUCUGUUUGAGACCCUUUUGCCUUCAAAUAAUGAUCUUGUGAGUUUUCUAGUAUUUGCACAAUUGCCUGUCUCAACUGUAAUAGGAUUUGGACUUUGCUGCAGAUCAUUUUGCUUUUGAUAGGGCUACUUCUAUUUGUCAAAGCAAAACUGGUUCAUAUGCAUGUUUGGAUCGUUACAUACUGUAUCUGAAAGUGGAAAAUAGGCAACCUAUGCUGGAGUGUCAUACAAGUUUGCAGUUUCUAGUGGGGAAAUUGACCUGCUCUGGAAAAUAAUAUUUGGAUACCUAUUUUCUCUUUUCUGACUAAUGUUUGGCUGCUGUCCUGAAAAUACUUUCUUUUCAUUGUUUUGCUAAAUAAAGUCCCUUCAGAUGUCCCAGUCUUUGCUUCACUGACAAAUUAUUUAAUUUUGUUUUAUUGCAAUAGAGUUGUUCUCCAUUCAUCUCACUUCAAAAUAACUCCACCGUCUACCAACAAGAUAUGUAUAAAUUAAAUUGAAUUUGUCAUGUAAAGUAUGGAUUCAGUCCAGUUUCAGAAUGGUUUUCUAGUGCGCAGUUGGAAGGUACUUCUAAUACCGCAACUACUAUGAAGUGAAAAAUUCUGCUCCAUACUUAUAAAAUCAAUCAAAAUGUUAUGAAAGAAGAUUAGAGCCAGUGGGAAAAAUAAAAAACUGACUAAAAUCUUCUGAAAUCAAAAGUCAGAAUUCUUUUGAUUCUCUUUCUAAUUCUCUUUUGUAAAAUGUAAAAAAAGAAAAAAGGAUGAGCUAUCCGAACUUCUAUUAGAUUCUCUGAGUUCAACAGUAGAUGGCAAUAAAACAUCACUUUUCAUGUAUAUACAAUCUUUUGUUUUUAGUGGUAAAAGUGUUUGCACGUGCUUGACGUGAGAGUAAAGUUUUUUUGCGUGUGUGUGGAUAAUUAGACAAGAUUUUAAACAUUUUAAUGCAACUCUCAGUGACACCCAAUUUUAUCUGUGCCUAAGCCAUGAAUUUUAUAGAGAAAAUUGUCUAAAAGCAGUGAUAAUACUGCUGUAAACUGCCACAAACACCCUUUUAAGUGCAUGUAAACAGUGAUCCUUCCCACAGGACGAGCCGCAUUGGAUUACCUGUGAGGACGGGCUCAGUAACACAGGCUUCUUGGUCAUUACAAUGGAAACUCCUGCACUUAUUCCUGCCAAGAAUGUUUUGCCGGGAUAUGCAGAACUCUUUCAAGGCUCACGUGGGAAGUGAAGCCGGGAUUGCACAGAGGAUUGACCGAGGUACUACAAACCAUCCCGCAGAACCCUGAACCUGUUUAUGCAGACGGCAAAGCUGUCGGAUUCCUCUCUGAUUUAUGGGAGAGAUGAGCCGGACUGAAAUGGCUCCGUAUUUGAUAGAGUUUUGUGGCACAAGACUUGUCUUAUAAGUCGGGGAAAGAAGUGCUCUUCACACAUCGGCUGCUUACAUCAACAGUGAGGUUGGGUCAAGCAUAGGAAGGGCCCUUCCGUAACGGCGGGAUCUGUUUCUCGAAACAGCGUGAAAAGGGGAGGCAGAGGAGAUCAAAGCCCGCGUGUGAACCGUGCUUUUAUUGAAACUAUGUGGGAUUAACCACACUUGUCUUUCUGCGUGCAUGAAAGGGAAUGCCCAUAAAACUUGAAGAGAGUUUUUUUUUUAAUAUAUAUAUAUGUUUUCUUUCACCUCUUUUCUGCUAGUAGGUUGAAUCUGCUAUAGGAUCCAAAAGGAUCCAGAUUUUCUUUUGGAAUCAAAUCAAAUCGAGUGGAAACCCUGUCAUCUUUGACAGCAAUCAGGAGAAUUGAUAUAGGAUAGAAGGAGGCAUUUUGGGCUCCUUUCAUGUGCUGUGUCCCACUGAGAGACAAACAGCUGGGGGAGGUUUGUGUGCCAGAUGGGAGUGAGAAACGAGUGUAUUGGUGAGGAGCCUUUGAUGGAUGGUGAUAUUUUUACAUAAGUGACCAUUUAUCACUCGCCGGACAGCUUUUUCUCCCCCCCUCCUCCUCUAACGACACCAGUUCAUUGCAAAAGUUUUUAUGGCUCUCGAAGAUUAUUGCGCAUUUUCCCUUGAUACAACAAACUUCUGUGUAUUUUGUUGAGAUGUUAAACGACAGACCCACACAAAUUAGUGCAUCAUUAGGAAGUGGAAGGAUAACAAUACACGGUUUUCAAAAUGUUGGAAGACCCCCCCAAAAAGAAUUUGUCUAGGAAAUUAUCUCGAGGCGUGUUAAUAGGGAAAGCAGUUGAGAGGUUUGUGACUCUGGAGGGGCUGCAGAGAUCGCCAGCUCAGGUGGAAGACAUUUUCCAUUUCAUGAAUUGUUUAAUUUGUGCUUAAAAAUGUUGGUCUAAUAAACUUGCAUUAACUGUCUGUGGUGAGGGGGUCAAGCUGGACCACUGUAAAAUUGCUGUCUAUGUCUGCUGAAAAUCAAGUGAAGACUUGGAGUUGGAAUUGCGAGAAAGAUGGCUUCUCACGUAUCACCUUGGGGGGACAAAUAUAGAUGCAGGAUAUACUGGAAACCAUAUAUCUAGUUACUUUAAUUUUGCUGGACCUGCUAUUUUCUUUUCUUUUCAACUAUGUCUCUGUGUGAGUGGUGUUCAGGAAACUGUGAUUAAGACCAGAAGGGAGCUUUUCAUCAAAAAAUGGCUAUGAUAACAGAUGUGUUCAUUUGAGUAUGGGGCUCGCAGCAUGCUUCCUAUUUUAAUCUUACUCUCAGAUAGCUGUGAAGAUGUUCUGUGCAGCAGUGAAGGAAUAACUUUACUUUGUGGGUAAAACAAUUUAGGAAAGCUAAAUGCUACAUCUUAACAACUACUAUUUACCUCAAAGCUUUAAGCUAAGUUAUUGCAUAUUGUUAAUUUGUCUAACGUGCAUUAUUUUCUUUUGUGACAGCACAUUGCAGCUUUUCUAAUUUAUCCUCAGCCUGGUUAACAAUGAGGCUUCUGUUUCUGACUGGUUGUCUCGGUUGAAUCGAGUCUGAUCCGGACUGUAACCUCCCGCUGCUGCAUGUUGUUCCUGGCACAGCUUUGAACUUCCCUGUGUGUCUGCGGCGUAUGUACUGUGUGCAAGCAGCACACAGAGUAUGAGUGUAUAUUUGUCAGAGCAGGUAGUAGACUUAGUAGCUGGAAUGUUCGGAGCCGGCGUCCAACAUCUGGAGGCUGACUCCAGAAGAAGCAUAAAGAAGAGCUGGUGGGUCGGACAGAUCAUUAUUCAAACCAGAUGGGGGUAACUUCUCAUAAAAGUGGUAUAUAAACAAAAAAAAAACCCACCACGCUGUAUUUUCUUUCACUUUUAUUUUGUUCAGCUUAGGAGUAAAUGGCCAUUCUUCUCUAGUGUGCUCUAUAAAGUAAGAUAUUUUAGGAAAAAUAAUGAAUAUACAAGAAAAACAGGAUAAUUCUGAAUUCACUGGGAAUUUUCUGCUUUGGAGUUUGUUUAAAUAAGUUUUGUCAUAUAUUUGAAUUUUAGGUUCAGGUUAGUCUAUGACAUUUGAGUUAGUGUGAGGUCAAUGCACACAUUUCAGAACCUGAAUAUUAGCCUGUUUAUUAAUUCCUACACCACUUUUGAUGUGUUUCUUAGACCCUUGUUUUUAUGUUGAUGUUCCAAUUGUCCCAUUUAACCCUCCUUUGUGCAAUGCACCAGCAUGAUGCUGCCAUCACCAUGACCGCUGGUGUCGUGCUCUUGGGUUCGAAAGCCAAACCAUAAAAUGUUUCUCCAGAUGGCAUUUGUCUUUUGUCAAAUGCAAGUGUCAGUGGGCCAUUGGGAUUACAAUUAAAGACAUUACAAACAUGUCCGUUUGUUAUCUUUGUGAGUUAUUUGCAUCAAAUCUAGAUUUGUGUGAGUGCAGAAAUAUGGACAGGACAGCUGCUGGAUGCAGAGUGCACAAGCGACAUAUUUAAGAAAGUAACAUUUUCUUUGUGUGUCAUUUACAACCCGUACAAUUUCUAUAUUGCAUUUGUGGAUGUGCAGACACACAAGCUACAUUUUUCCUUAAGGUGGCGCUCAGAAGAAA